AUGCAGCAACCGUCUAUUAACAAGGAACUUGGUCAAGAGCAAGGGCGGAAGAUAAAGCUCAUGCCGAAAGCGACGUUAAGAGCAAAGAGGUCGGAUUUGUUACCUAUUGUUUGUAGUAUGCUGAGGAAAGCUGAACAGCGUCCAAUUGGUAGAUUGGAGACUAAACAAGGAGAUGUUAAGACCGUACCACAUAUCUUGCACCCUGCAGGUUUCCCACUUCCACAUGUUGAAGACUCUCGGAAGCGUAUUAGAGUCUACUUUGGAGGUGUCUGCGUAAUAGACACCACGAAAGCGAAGCUUGUGUGGUUAAACAAUCACCAUCCGGUUUACGCAUUCACAAGAGAGGACCUUCCUAGCUGGUACCUCAGUAUCGCGUCGGAGACCCCUAAAGAAAUUCAGUUCAUUGUUAAGCUCGGUCCUCAGCCUGAAAGGUUCCCAGCCAUUACAUUUCAUCUCGCUGGACCUCUGAUAGGAUUGGGAUUUAUCAAGUUUGAGGCUGUAGAUGCUUGGUUCGAGGAGGAGGAGCAGAUCUACGUGCACCCUCGGGAUCCGUACAAAAGAAUUGAUGUGCUUCAAUCCUCCAGACAUGUUCGUAUUGAAAUCAACGGUGUGGAGAUAGCUAACACGCGCUGUCCUCUCUUGUUGUUCGAAACCGGAGAGCCUAUGAGGAUAUACAUUCCUAGGACACACACUCGAAUGGACCUUUGGCAUCCUUCAUCACGCACAAUCGCCAGCCCUUACAAAGGGACAGCGGAACUCUACAAUGUUGUCCUCUCCUCGGGAGAGACGUUCGAGGAUAUUAUGUGGUCAUACCCCAGUACGACUCUGGAAUGUGUGACUGUGAAAGGGAUGGUCGCGUUCUUUGACGAGAGAGUAGAUGUAUGGUUAGACGAAGAAAAGCAAGAGCGUCCUAACGAUCCAAGCGGGCCCGCUACACCUGGACCUUCCCAUCCACCCGAGGUGUUUAAACCGGGAAACGAUUUACUUAUCUUACAGAAACCGUAG